CAAUUAUUCAUCGUCGACACCGAACCUUAAAACGCUCACGAGAAAUCUCCGAUCGGCUGCGUUCUGGUGAGAGAUCCUCUCAAUCUAUUUGAUUUUAGAAGGGAAGCAAAAGUUAGGUGAGAGGAUUGGAGAAAGAUGUCACAAGGAUGGUUUUCGAUGAGCAGCGGAGAUCAGCAGCAGCAGCAGAAGGAGCUGCAAUCGGGAUCGUCUCUGCUCGCGGAUUGGAAUUCUUACGCAGCCUCCAGAGAUGUCGAAGAAGGCGGCGGAAGCUUCGGUUUCGAUAUCGAAUCCGCCGUUAGAUCUGCCAACGACACUGUUUCAGGCACCUUCAGUGUGGUUUCAAAGGGAGUUAGAGAUAUUCCGGGGAGCCUGUCGUCAGCAACCAGCAGUAUGCCUUCAGGGAAAUCGCUUAUGUACUUCGGUUUACUCCUCGCAAGCGGUGUAUUCUUCAUUUUCAUUGCCUUCACUAUGUUUCUUCCGGUCAUGGUGCUUAUGCCUCAGAAGUUUGCUAUUUCUUUCACCCUUGGAUGUGGUUUUAUCAUCGGUUCUUUCUUCGCUCUUCGUGGCCCACAAAAUCAGCUCGCACACAUGACAUCCAUGGAGAGACUUCCUUUAACCUUAGGUUUCAUUGCCACCAUGGUUGGCACCAUAUACGUGUCCAUGGUUCUCCACAGCUACAUUCUCUCCGUCCUCUUCUCUGUCUUACAGGUGCUUGCGUUAGUUUACUACUGUAUAUCAUACUUCCCUGGUGGAUCAUCAGGCAUGAAGUUCCUCGGUUCUGCUCUUACCUCAUCUGUUCUAAGAGUUUUUGGGAGAUGAGCUUCCGUGGCCAAUCUGGAAGAAAGGACAGCACUGGUGUAUACAGAGAGAAUGUCAGAGCUUUUUUCGUGUUCUAGUUAACAUAGAUUUGAUGAAAAUGUUUGUAAAGACAAAACUGUUCUGAAAACUAUCUUGAAGUAAGAACUCAAGUGAUGCUAUCAUAGUGCUGAUCAGAUAUAUUAUUGUGUUAUUUUGUUGUUGCAAAAGAACUUAGAUAUUCAACAUUCCCUGUUAAGGUCAGUGAUCGCAUAUUCAACAAGGCUUUUGUGUU